AUGGCUGUCCCAAGCUACAACGCCAUGCCUUUGAGCAAGAUGUUCCUUGGCGCUCGCGUCCUCCAGGCGAUCUGCAUGAUCCUAAUCAUCGGCAUCUGCUCCAACUUCAUUCAAAUGAUCGUCACAACCGGUGUCGAGCCCCCCAAAGAGUUCGUCGGCACACUGAGCGUGACAUGUAUCGCAGCCCUCUACAUCAUGGUCAGCGUAGGCUACUACUGGUCGCAAGCCAACCUCGGUCUCCUCGUCAUGACAGGCGUCGACUCCCUAAUCCUCAUCGCCUUCAUCGUGUGCGCUGUCACUCUGGGCAAACCCAUGUCCUUCCUCAACUGCUAUGUCAUCGGCAAGUCUUCCGCAGAAGUUGACACGAUGUACGCCAACGCUUUCGUGACGGCGACCGUUGAGAACCUGAACAAGAGCACGAGCAGCUUGGGCCACUGGGCGGGUGUUACGAGGAGCAACUGCUUCCAGGCCAAGACUGUCUGGGGCAUGGCUAUCGCGCUUUGCGUACUCUUCACUGUUUCUUGCGCUCUUCUGCCUACACUUUGGUACAAGAACAACAUGAAGAAGCCUGCCAAGACCGUCGAGGAGGCUUGA